AUGCACACUUCAUGCAGAAACCUUGACGGCGCUACUGGCCGAAGUAGGUCAAAUGUCGUCGCUGAUGCGUUGCUCUCCCAAUGGGGUCGGCGCAGUGGAACAGCGUCGACGUGGCCGUCUCAUUCGCUGAGCGUCAUCGAGGAUGAGCCAGCCUCCUCUCUUAUCGCCGAAGCAGCUGUGUGUGCAUCGUCUGAUGCAACGGACGCCGGCCGCCAUACGGUAGAUACAGCGGCAGAUGGGCGGGCCCCUCCGUUGCAGCCCGUCCCCAACGUGUCGGCGGCGCCGCCGUCUAUCGAAGAAUUGCUUGCCGAAGUGGAUGAGAACCACACGGACACCUCUGCUACUGCUAACUCUCUGACAGAGGAGAAGGAGCGUGAGGUAUUGAAGUGCAACCACCGACAUGGUGCGGACCUGCUUCCACCAGCGGACUCUUUCACUUUCGUAGCUUACACAUCGCCUGAGGGAACGGGGCUCAAAGGCACCAGUGACGCUGCUUGCUCACCUGCGAGUUCGACGGCGGAAGCGGCUCUUCUGGAGGCUCUGCUUCAAGAGAAACUCUCGGAGGAACUGAGCGGCGACGCGAAUGGCAUGCUUGAUGAGGGCAUCGACGAGCUGGAGGAGGAGGCGCCAAGGGCAGCCGACGGAGAUGUGAUGACUAACUCAGCCUAUACGCUCACUCAGGGAGAGCACCAUUCCCCUGAGCUAUGGCGGGUUGCACCUCUAGAGGCAGCCCUCGACGACGCCGACAGCGAGGUGGACGCCAAGAGGGAGCUCUGCGAUGACGCUGCGGAAGAAGAGGAGUCGAUGGAGUCGGUGCUGGAAGAGGAGGCAGAGCGCAUGUAUCACGCUGCGUUGACAAGUAUGGCUAAUAAUAACGACACUGCCACCCAAGGUGGGGCUAAGCGCGGCACAUUUAGUGACUGCACCUUCUUCUCGAAGGAAGCCGUUGACUCUGUGGCAGAAUACCUGUCGAUCCGUAACAGCGCCGCCGCGACCGUUGCGACUUCGACGUUUUCACCCUCUGAAGGCAGUAGGGCCAGGGGCUCAAUGUUAGCAGUGGAGUUCGACGAUAACGCGGUGCUGGAAGCGGAGAUGGAGUCUGUGGGCGAUGUCAUGGCGACCUCAGGCUCUGGUGCCGCUGUUGCCGUGAAAGGGGAGAAGGUGCAGCAGAGAGACCGGCAGUCUGAGCGAUGA